GGAGAAAGAAAAAGUCUUAUGGGAUCCACACGGACCACAAUAUAGCAAGAAAGCUAUAAAUGUAAUGUAGUUCUAAUCUUGUUUCUUUCAUUCUCCUGGUUUCACAUGAAACAAUCAACCAUACACCCAACCUGACUAAACCCGUGAGCCUUCAAACCCCCUCAACAUCUUUCAACCAUCAUCAUCAUCAUCAUCAUCAUCAUCAUCAUCUUCACAUACAAAUCAAGAUUUUCAAGAAACCCUCAUACAAACUUAUUCAAGAAUGGAUGUUUACACAUACCCAUCUCAUCCUACCCCUUCAUCUUCACAAAUCUCAUCUUUUUCAUUCGGAAAUUUGAUCUUUAAAGUCAAAGAUUUCUUCAGCUCUGCACUCUCCGCGAUUAUUGGGAACAUCUUUUCCGCAAUUUUCACCUUCUUCUUCGCAUUAGUGGGUACUUUGUUAGGAGCAUUGACUGGUGCUUUGAUCGGUCAAGAAACGGAGAGUGGGUUCGUUAGAGGUGCUGCGGUUGGAGCGAUUUCGGGUGCGGUUUUUUCGAUUGAAGUUUUUGAAUCUUCUCUUCUUUUGUGGCAGUCUGAUGAGUCUGGGAUCAGAUGUCUUCUGUACUUGAUUGAUGUCAUUGUAAGCUUGUUAAGUGGAAGACUUGUUCGCGAACGGAUGGGCCCCGCUAUGUUGAGUGCAGUACAAAGCCAGAUGGGUGCGGUAGAAACGAGCUUUGAAGAGGUUCAUAACAUAUUCGACAUUGGUGGAUCCAAAGGCUUGCCUGAAUAUUCAGUUGAAAAGAUACCUAAAAUCACCGUUACAAAUGACAACAAUUUGGAUGAUUCGGGUGAGCGAGUCUCAUGCUCUGUAUGCCUUCAGGAUUUUCAACUUGGAGAAACUGUAAGAAGUUUGCCACAAUGUCAUCACAUGUUUCACCUACCCUGCAUCGAUACGUGGCUUAUAAGACACGGGUCUUGUCCAUUAUGCAGGCGCGACCUCUAAAGAUUCCCUCACCCUCUGUAAAUUCCCUAAAUGAGACAUUUUUUCGUAUUCUAACACGUAUAUGUUGCUUUAUGUGUCAAUAUACUACUUCACGUCGUUUUGUAUACGAUAGUAUAUGUAGUUAGGUUAUACAGUAUAUGUAUCUUGGUACAUUUGAGAGUCGAUCAGUUAUAUAUAUAUAUAUAUAACAUAACAUUCUAGUCCUUAUAGUUAUAAACUUUGUAAUAUUUUUCUGAAUAA